AUGAAGACUCUGCAGUUGUAUGAACAUACAUCAGGACAGCUUGUUAACAAAGACAAGAGUCAAUGUAUGAUCCCUUUGAAUACUGAUCCAGCUACUAAUGAGAGGGUCACUUCUAUCACUGGUUUCAAAUCAACUCAUGGCCCUAUUACAUAUUUAGGAUGUCCCUUAUAUAUUGGGCGUCAAAGGAUCAUUUACUUUACUAGUAUGGUAUCCAAAGUGAUCUCCAGGAUUAGAGGAUGGCAGGCCAAAAUAUUGAGCUAUGGGGGAAGAGCUACUCUUGUCCAAUCAGUGUUGCAAUUACUUCCAAUUCACCUGCUUUCAGCAAUCAUCCCUACAGUCACUACCCUCAAACAAAUUAAAGUCCUUAUGGCAGAUUUUUUCUGGGGAUGGGAUAAAGAAAAGAGGAAGUACCACUGGGCUUCUUGGGAGACACUCAGCUACCCUGUGGAGGAAGGGGGUAUUGGUACAUGCAGCUUUUGGUGGGAUGAUUGGAUGGGUAUUGGACCCCUUGCUUAUCACAAUAACUAUCUACCUAGGCUCAAUAAUACUACAGUCUCUGAAUACCUUAUGAAUGGGGAAUGGAAUGUGCAGAAAAUCAGAAAAUAUGCCCCUCCUCAGCUUGUGUUUCAGAUCCUUAACACUAAGGUGUCCUUUUUACUAUGGAGAGCACUCAAAUUGAAACUUCCAACCAAUGAAAAACUAGUUCAAUUUGGAGCUGAACCAGCAGAAUGCUCUUGUUGCUACAGGCCUGGAUUGGAUACUGUUGACCAUAUAUUUGCCUCUGGAAAUUUAGCAAAACAUAUUUGGCAGCAAUUUUCCAGAUCUUGGGGAAUCCUGCAAGACAACUGGCCUCUGAGAAACAUCCUGAUGAAGUGGUGGACUUCUAAGCCCAAUAAUGCAGUCCAUAAGCUCAUGUUGCAGGCAACUCCUAUUUUUGUUUGCUGGCAUAUAUGGAAGAAUAGAUGUGCAAGCAAAUAUGGAGAAAAGAAAUCUAGUUCUACUAGAGUUAAGUUCUCCAUUACUAAGGACCUGUACAUGCUGAUAAGCACUGUCUAUCCUUACAUUAAGUGGCCUAAGAGUUGGAAUGAUCUGGUUCUGAUGGUAGAAAAUUGCCAACAUGACACUAAAGUGAUCAAAGUUGUGUGGAUCAGACCUCCACCUUCAAUAGUAAAGUUGAAUACUGAUGGGAGUGCAUUGGACAACCCUGGGAAGAUUGGAGCAGGGGGAAUAUUGAGAGACCACAAGGGUAACUUGAUAUAUGCAUUUGCAACUCCAUUAGGACAUGGAACCAACAAUCAAGCUGAGGUACAGGCAGCUACUAUGGGCAUCCUUUGGUGUCUUCAACAUGGUUAUAGUAGAGUGGUACUGGAGGUGGACUCAAAACUUUUGACUAUGUGGUUGAAGCAAGAUAUCAAGCCUUCAUGGAGCAUACACAAAUACAUGGAAGAACUUCAGAAUUUAGUCCAGUUACUAGACUACUUUCAUUGCAAACAUGUAUUUAGAGAAGCCAAUUUUGUUGCAGAUACUCUUUCUAAGCACAGCCAUAAGCUUGACAAUACUCAACAAUUCUAUAAUAUGCAACAACUUCCACAAGAAACCAAGGGCUACAUCAAGCUGGACAAGAUAGGGAUGGAACUUGUACACAUGCAACAUAUCAAUCCACAGUUGGAGGGCCAGCUAUGUGUGCUGCAUAUUACAGCAGUGGCAGGAUGGAGCACUUCACCAUUUGGAGCUUGCAGCUUGUGGAAUUUCUCCAUACAACCGGAACUUACAUCAAGGGGCUGGUGCUGGAGUGUCAGCAAUUGUGCUUGGAAUUCCAACAAAUUGCAGCAUACAAGGAGAAACUACAGCACAGUUUUUGCUGUGCAGAAUUUUUCUUGUUCUUUUACUUAUGCAGCUGCAGCAACAGCCAUCAAAAUUCCAGCACAGGCCACAGCUGCAGCCCCCAACAAAAGCAUCAUGCAACAUCAAAUUGACUCCAAACUAGGCAGGAAUACAGAAAAUACAGUAGUUGCAAAGCCUAAGAAGUUUUAG